UGCCUCUCCUGGUUACUUUGUUCGGGCGGCCGGCUGGUUUGGCAACAAUGAAACCUCCGAAAGCAGAACCAGAGGCGGAUCGCUCGGGGAGGCGGAAGACGCGCCCCCCCAAAUAAAACCCCCCAAGCCCCUUUUCGGGAGAGGAAGGACGGAGGGCAGCCGGCCGAUGCCAGAGGGGGCGACGCCUUGGUGGCAAAUCGGCCCCGCCGGCCGCCUUCCGAGGGCAGCCGGACCCUCCGAGAGGUUGGGGGUUGUGGCGCAGCUCGCAGAGGUGCAAAAGUCCCCCACCCAACACACCCCAAGAGGAAAAUGCAGGCGCAUCCCCAGAAAGAGGCACAGCGGGCUUCCUCUUGGCUUCCCAGAAGAGAGCCCUCUGGGUACAGCAGCGCCUCCUUCUACGACUACACAAGUCUCUCCUCUUCGCCGGAACCGACCAGCUCCUCCGGUUUUGAAUAUAGCAGUUCUUGGGAAGAGUCCGGUUCCAGUUUGUCCCAGUCUGAACCCAGCAGCGUCUCCCCUGCUUCGCCGGUGGCGCUGAGCUCCCUGGCGCACGGCCUGCCUUCAGACUUUGAGUACAGCAGCUCCCCCAUUGAGUCACCUUCAGGCUUGGAAAGCGGGCCGUCCCCCGGAAGCCUCUUGCGUGCUGAUCCUGGGGACCCGGCUUCCUCCCUGGCCCAGAGCUCAGGGUCCGAAGGGUGGAGGAUGGGUCCCGCUGGGGUUCCCAGUCCUGGUGGGCUUCCAAACCCAGGUACUCGGUUGCCCCACAGCCCUCCCGACCCUGCGACAGCAGUGGGUCACCACGAGGGGUCCAGUCUCACCCGGAAGCCUCUUGCCCGUUCCACGGGACGAAGGUUUUCGGGGAAAAGCUCUCCGGGGAAAGACCCCCAAGAAGAGACAAACGGAGCCGACCCAGACACCGAAAGCGAUUUGGAAUAUCCCGUCAGGCGCGUGGCGUAUUCCCCCCAAAUACGGCUUAAGGAUCUCCGAGGGGACUGCAGUUGCUGGAAAGACCGAAGGAAUUCCGGUAAAAACAUAGGAGGCAGCCUGCAGAAGACCCAUCGGAGGCUCGCCGAGACCACCCCUGGCCCUCCGUUGGCUUAGACCUUGGAGGCUGGGAAAACCUUUCCGCCCAACAAAUCCCAUUGACCACAGAGACUGGAAGGUUCCGACACCAAUGAUCCAGAAAAUAUUACUUUAAUAAGUUCUCUGUACAGUCAGUGGAAUGGUGCUGUUUUGAGUUGACAGGCUGUAAUGUGAGCAAAAAGUUGAUCAACACGGACCGGCAGCCACUUCCUGUUCUGCUCGACCAGGAGAGGUUUCUCCGCGGCGGCGUUGUAGGAAAUCUGCUUCAAGCAUCACUCAGAUUUAUACUUUUCGCCCUCCUAAAGGAAUGGGCUCCUAUUUAUUUAUUUAUGUUGUUUAUAAC